AUGGAGCUUCGGAGAUGGAAGUCCAUAGCGAUCCAAAUUAACCCUCUAGUUGGUCAGGUCGAUUAUGGCCACAUCAGCCUAAAUGAAGUGUCGGGGAAGAAAGUCCGAGGCUAUGCCAAAUCUGAGGUCGGAAUAUCACCUCUUCCGCAGCCGUCGCCACUACUUCGCCUCAUGCAACCCACAUUGUACCCUUUUGACACCUCAUGCUGGACACUUUUAGCGCUGGCUACAAUCCAAUGCGAGUAUCGGGAAGUGGACCAUAAAAGACGGCCAGCCUCAUAUGAUCAUGUCGUCUUACUGCAAAGUCGCAUAACUUGGCUGGAGGACUUCAUCAUCAAACUUCAGCAUUUGGGACACAUGGAGCGAGACGCUUUGCUCCGGUCCUUCGUAUCUUUGAGCCCUGUGUCGCCCAGACAAUCGAAGCAGGAUGUCUCUGAUUUGGCGGAUAUCGGGAAUUUUAACAUUUUAACACUACAGCCAGGAGCUGAAGGAUCACUUUCAUACUAUGGGCCGACUAGCAUCUACCGUCUCGAAUCCGGUACCGAAGCAAGCAUCCCCGAUAGUGGACCAUCCGCGUCACAAGUCCAAUCAUUACCAACCGUUGAUCACGUUUUAGAUCAUUUUGGAAUCGAUAUUGAUGCCGAUGUUGUCUCUGAUUCCUUGAUGUUAUUUUUCAAAUGGCAGUACCCUCACCUUAUGUUUGUUUAUCGUGAUGCAUUCUUGCGAGAUCACUUCAACCGUCGCAAUCCAGGCAAAUAUUGGUCCCCGGCGCUUCUUUUGUCAAUAUGCGCACUAGGCUCCCUGCUUUCAGAUGACUCUGCUGCUCGGACCACAAGUGAGCAGUUUUAUGGUGCAGCUGAGAGCAUUGCUCUAGUGACAGGUCUCACAAGGCCAUCAAUCAUCACUGUUCAAACAUUUCUUUGCUUGGCAUUUUAUGAAAUUGGACGAGGCAACCCCUCCAAGGGAUGGGCUUACUCAGGUUGA